GGGAUGUGCGUCCGUCCCUGCCGCGUGCGUGUGCGUCGUGAAGUGUGUCACAACCAAGAAUCACUUACCUGCUUUAGCAGUAAGGAAAGAAACAUUCACCUGUUUAGGUGAAACGCUAAUGCGCAGAGCUCUGACGCAGCUACAAUGGCCGGGGCCCAUGAAGAACGACUUCAUCAAGGGGGAGAAAAUUGGAUGGAGUGUGCCUUUGACAUGGCCCAGCAUGCACUGGAGUGUGGAGAGGUUCCAGUGGGAUGCGUGGUAGUGCACGGUGGAGACAUCAUUGCCAGAGGGUGCAAUGAAGUCAACAAGACUCUCAAUGCCACAAGACAUGCGGAGAUGGUUGCAAUAGAUGAAUUGGUGGAUUAUUCAAAAGAGCAAAAAGACUCUUUGACUAGCAUAUGCAGUCGUUCGACUAUCUACGUGACUGUGGAGCCCUGUGUCAUGUGUGCAUAUGCUCUGAGACUUGUUGGACUAUGCAGGGUGGUGUAUGGGUGUAGUAAUGAACGAUUUGGUGGCUGUGGAAGUGUGCUGGAUGCCCACUCAAGAGAACUGAAGUAUAGCUGCUCUGCUGUCUAUGGAACUAAUAUCUUACUUGCUCUUCAGUGCUCUGCUGGAGUUAUGAAAGAGAGAGCUGUAAGCGCCCUGCAAAAAUUCUAUGAAGGAGAAAAUCCAACUGCUCCAAAACCCAAGUCCAAGAAAAGAUAGGGUGUCCGAAAAAAAAAACAGAACAGCUUAGCUAGCUGGAUAUCAUAAUAAUUAUGUGGUGGUAUUAUGCUAGCUAUAUUAGCUACGUGUCCAUUGUUCUUUAUUUAAAAAACUCUGCGAUUGCCUUUCGCAAAAUAGCUGCUACAGCUGCGAAUUCGCUU